AGAAAACAGGGAAGGCAUCAUGACGUCCUGGGUCACAGGGAGUGCGGACCGACGCUACCAAGAGCGAAGGGAGGCGCCUGGGCGCUCCGGCUAGCCGCGGGCGCAGCUCGGCCCCUCGCCGCCCGGCUGGAGCUAUCUGCUGGUUCAUCAAUGAAACGACCUUAGAUGAUGAAGAUGUAAGGAAAGCAUCCCACACUAACACUGCUGCAGUUUGAAAGGCUUCUCUGCAGAAUGUCAAACAAAGAUCGGCACAUUGAUUCCAGCUGUUCGUCCUUCAUCAAGACGGAACCCUCCAGCCCAGCCUCCCUGACGGACAGCGUCAACCACCACAGCCCUGGUGGUUCUUCCGACGCCAGUGGGAGUUACAGUUCAACCAUGAAUGGCCAUCAGAACGGACUGGACUCGCCACCUCUCUACCCCUCUGCUCCUAUCCUGGGAGGUAGCGGGCCUGUUCGGAAACUGUAUGACGACUGCUCCAGCACCAUCGUUGAGGAUCCCCAGACCAAGUGUGAAUAUAUGCUCAACUCCAUGCCCAAGAGACUGUGCUUAGUGUGUGGCGACAUUGCCUCUGGCUACCACUAUGGGGUUGCAUCAUGUGAAGCCUGCAAGGCCUUCUUCAAGAGGACGAUUCAAGGUAACAUAGAGUACAGCUGCCCGGCCACCAAUGAAUGUGAAAUCACGAAGCGCAGACGCAAAUCCUGCCAGGCCUGCCGCUUCAUGAAGUGUCUCAAAGUGGGCAUGCUCAAAGAAGGGGUACGUCUCGACAGAGUACGUGGGGGCCGACAGAAGUACAAGCGCAGAAUAGAUGCUGAGAACAGCCCGUACCUGAACCCUCAGCUGGUGCAGCCAGCCAAAAAGCCAUAUAACAAGAUCGUCUCACAUUUGUUGGUGGCUGAACCAGAGAAGAUCUAUGCCAUGCCUGACCCUACUGUUCCGGACAGCGACAUCAAAGCCCUCACGACACUCUGUGACUUGGCUGACCGAGAGUUGGUGGUUAUCAUUGGAUGGGCAAAGCAUAUUCCAGGCUUCUCCACACUGUCCCUGGCUGAUCAGAUGAGCCUCCUGCAGAGCGCGUGGAUGGAAAUCUUGAUCCUCGGUGUUGUGUACCGAUCCCUUUCAUUUGAGGAUGAACUUGUCUAUGCAGACGAUUAUAUAAUGGACGAAGACCAGUCCAAAUUAGCAGGCCUUCUUGACCUAAAUAAUGCCAUCCUGCAGCUGGUGAAGAAAUACAAGAGCAUGAAGCUGGAGAAAGAAGAAUUCGUCACCCUCAAAGCAAUAGCUCUUGCUAAUUCAGAUUCCAUGCACAUAGAAGACGUGGAGGCUGUUCAAAAACUUCAAGACGUCUUACACGAGGCCCUGCAGGAUUACGAGGCUGGUCAGCACAUGGAAGACCCUCGCCGUGCAGGCAAGAUGCUGAUGACGCUGCCGCUCCUGAGGCAGACCUCCACCAAGGCUGUGCAGCACUUCUACAACAUCAAACUGGAAGGCAAAGUCCCCAUGCACAAACUUUUUUUGGAAAUGCUGGAGGCCAAGGUCUGACUAAAAGCCCCCUGGGCCCUCCCAUCCUGCACGUUGAAAAAGGGAAGAUAAACCCAAGAGUGAUGUCGAAGAAUCUUAGAGUUUAGUUAACAACAUUUAAAAUCAACAGAGACUGCACUGAUACUUUAGCAGUACGAUGCAGCCUGCGGAUUCCGCCACAGCGUCCUGAUAGGUUUCCUUGCCUUUAUCCCACUGUUCCCUCUGUCCGGUCCCUGUCCCUCCCGCUCUCCCUUGUUCCUGCUCUGACAGUUUGCUUCUUUCAUUAAUGGUUCCCUUUCUCCUCCCUUGUCUUCCUCCCUUCUUCCCCCUCUCUCUCCCCUUCCUUUUUUCUUUCCCCCUUUUUUCUUCUUCCUUUCCACACUCUUCUUUUCUUGCCUUGACCUUUUCCUCCUUUUCUCACCCCUCUUCACUCUCUAUGUCCCAUGCCUCUAAUUGCAAGGAACAUUUCUUUCCCCUCCUUCAUCUCUUUCCCUUUCUCGCCCUUCCCUGUCUCCCACUACACCUUUCCUCCCCUCUGCCGCUGAACUCUUAAACGCGGUCUCUAACUGAAGAGAGAUGGAAGCCAGCCCUGCCAAAGGACAGAGAUCCAUAAUAUGGAUGCCUGUGAACUUGUCAUGGACCAUGACAUCCCCAGUGAGUAAGGAAUCGAAGAGAGAACCGUACCUAAAAGUACAGUGCAACCCAAGCAAAUCGACUUAGCGCAGUAUUAGAUUCCACGGGGCAGCCUCCAAUCAGACGACUUAAGUGGCAGCCUCGGCUGCUUCUCCUUGCUUUCUCAUCUAGAUCAGUUACAGCCAUUUGAUUCCUUAAUUCUUUUGUCAAGUCUUCCAGGUAUUGGUUAGUUUAGCUACUAUGUAACUUUUUCAGGGAAUUGUUUAAGCUUUAUUCAUUCAUGCAAUACUAGAGAGAGGUAAGGAUACCGCAACUUUGCGCUGGCUUUGAACAAUUGAACACUGAUGAAGGACAAAUGAACCCUGAAGGAAGAUUUUUAAAAAUGUUUCGUUUCUUCUUACAAAUGGAGAUUUUUUUGUACCAGCUUUACCACUUUUCAGCCAUUUAUUAAUAUGGGGAUUUAACUUAACUCAAGCAAUAGUUGAAGGGAAGGUGCAUAUUACCACGGAUGCAAUUUAUGUUGUGUGCCAGUCUGGUCCCAAACAUCAGUUUCUUACAUGAGCUCCAGUUUGCCUACAUGUUCACUGACACCAAGGAUUAGAUUACACCUACCGUGAUGCCAAGCGGUCACACCCACAAGCACUGCACAUGGGAUCCCUAUCCGUAGAAUUAGCACCAGUACACCUCCCCGCUGGGAGGGACAGUUGCCAUACGAUUUCUAGCUGCCCUCGUGGUUAGGAACGAGAUGCUGCCUGGACGCAGUUACAAACUCUGUCUCAGAAGGAGCUCUGAGCCAAUAUCAUUUCAGAGGCAAUAAGGCUAACGCCAGAAUUCAAGCAACCCAAUCAACAAAGACAGCAGACGCCUGACCAAAUUCUAAAACCUAAUCCGGAGGAGUUGAUUCUCUUAGGAAUGAUUGUUUAAAUUAACCUGCAGUUUUGUUUCGUUCCUCUGUUCGUUUUUUACCAAGAGCUAAGCCAAUCGACAUGCUUUCCAAGCCGUGUGGUCACAGCGUGAAAGUCGGUCGGUUUCAGAACUGGAACCAGGUGUAAUCUAACGAAGAAAUCAGAUCCCCCACUCCCGGAACCUACAGUCGCCGAAUAACCAGAAAACAGUAACCUCCGUAGAACGCUUUUACCAAUGGACCAGUGUUAGUAGCUGCUCUCUGUAUUCUGUGGACAGUCUUAUUCUAUGUACACAGAUGUAAUUAAAGUUGUACUCCUAACAAAAGACUAGUUCAGCUUCCAUGUUCCAUGUUUGCUACGCUUUUCGGGACUUUACGUUGCAUUCAGAAACUGUCGUCUUGUUCUCGUGGUGUUUGGAUUCUUGUGGUGUGUGCUUUUAGACACAGGGUAGAAUUAGAGACAGUAUUGGAUGUAUACCUUCCUCAGGAGACUACAGUAGUAUAUUCUACUCCUUACCAAUAAUAAAAGAGAUUGAAACUCCAAACCAGUAUUCACUAUGAUCAGACACACAUCGAAAUCAUAAUAAUAUUUUCAAAACAAGGGAUAAUUUCUCUAACGGUUUAUUAUAGAAUACCAAUGUAUAGCUUAGACAUAAAGCUUUGAAUAUUCAAGAAUAUAGAUAAGUCUAAUUUUUAAAUGCUGUAUAUAUGGCUUUCACCUGAUCAUCUCUCAGAUGUUGUUAUUAACUCGCUCUGUGUUGUUGCGAAACUUUUUGGUGCGGACUUGCUUCCAAAACUAUUGCUACUUUGUGUGCUUUAAGCAAAAUACCUUGGGCUGAGGACGCCUCAGCCCCGUGCUAGGAAUACUGUGUAUCUAUCAUUAGCUAUAUGGGAAUAUAUCGUAGAUUGUGGUUCUCAGUAGAGAAAGUGACUAUAGUGUGAAUCUAGGUAAAUCAUCAUUAGCAAUUCAUUCGGGUGGUCAAUAACUUGAAAUUGAUAGCUCUGAUAAGUUUAAAAUAAAAUUGGCAAAUCCCUGUACAACCAUCAACAGAAAAUACAACUCCUGGGAGGAUAAAAAGGUGCUGAUCCUGUAAGAUUCUUUCAUCAUGUAAGUGUUUAAAAACAUUAUUUUCCAGAAGGUUUAUGCAGGGACUAAGUCACUACUGUGCAGCUGUGCUGUGUAUACAGGUGGAAUAGAGUGUAACCACCGUUUCGCUGUAUACAGGUGGAAUAGAGUGUAGCCACCGUUUCGCUGUAUCACACUGAUGGAUUUGGGCUGCAGAAGUCAGAGCCUGCAAGUGGUACACGUGAGACAGAGACACAUUUGCAAAAUGCAGUAUGAUGUGUAGUCCUCAGUUUAAAAGACUUGGCUUUUCCAAACAGUAAAUAUCUCAUAACUAAGGGGAAAAAAAACAGCUUAAAAUGUAGAUCUGAAAGAAAUGCAGGAGCUGUAGGGCAAAUACCCAUUUGUACCUCGCUCGAGCAAAGUUUAUUGUUUUCUCAAGUUUCAGGCAAGACCGUUUCGUUAAUGCCAAGCGUCAGGAAAUCACCAAGGUGUAUGUUUUAGCCGUGCGAUUUACAGUUUUCUCUUUCUUUUAGCUUUGUUCUUAUUUAAAGCAAUGUGAUUGUGUUGGCCCCUGGUAGUGACACUCGUGUUUAAUCAAAUCAGAUUGUUGUAUUUAUUCCACUAUUUUGCAUUUAAAUGAUGACAUAAAAGAUAUAAAAAAUUUAAAACUGCUAUUUUUCUUAUAGAAGAGAAAAUGGAUGUCGGUGAUUGUAUUUUAAUUAUUUAAGCAUCCCUGUUUACCUGCCUGGGACAACAUUUCAUGGCAGUCUUAUGUGCAAAAGAUCGUAAAUGGACAAAACAAAAUUUAAACUGCUUACAAUGAUCCAGGAGUUGCAUUAUAGCCAGUAGUGAAAAUAAUAACAAUAAUAAUUAUUAAUAAUAAUGAAACCAUGUCUAUAGCUGUAGAUGGGCAUCACAUCUGUAAAGCAAUCAAUUGUAUAUUUUUGUGAUGUGUACCAUACUGUGUGCUCCAGCAAAUGUCCAUUUGUGUAAAUGUAUUUAUUUUAUAUUGUAUAUAUUGUUAAAUGCAAAAAGGAGCUAUGAUCCUGUGACUCCAAUCAGUUCAGAUAUGUAACUCAAAUUAUUAUGCCUUUCCGGAGGAUGGUUAGAACAAUAUUAAACAGGCUUCCACUUUUCGCGCUCUUUUGUACUGUGUUUCUUUCUCCUGCGCUAAAGAAACAAACGGAUCAACAGCGCCCUUUGUUGCCGCCACUCAAAGAGUAGCUCUGAGGACCCGGUCCCUAA